GGCGCGCAGUGCGGCAGCAGCGUUCGGAGGGUCGGCGUGUGCGCGCUGGUUGAACGCAGUGGGAGCAGUAUGUGAUGCGCAGCCACGGAGCCAGAAAGCAGGCUAUUUAUCAGCGAGCACCUGGUUGUGUUUGGAGGGGGCAGCCCGCAGAGAGCAGGUAAUAACACGGGCCGGGGCUUGUGGAAGGCGGCAGAAAGAGACCCAGGCUUCAGUCACUCCGUGUUAGCCAACCAGCCGUUUAGCCUUCGCGCUAAUGAAGCUAACGCGGCUAACGGCGGCUAGCAGCAUUUAAACACUUUAUGUCUGGCUGAGCCGCCGCUGCCGGGCAGGUAAAGCCCGGGGUAGGGUCCUGACAGGAAACACUGAGCUAAACACCAAACCAGCCUCGCGAGAAAACCGACUAAUUGAGCCUAGCUCGGUAACAAGCUGCACCUAUCGUGGCCAGAAAGCUUCUGGUUUCACUGAGAGUCAGUCAGACGUGUGUGAAUGGGAGCAGACUGUAGACAGGUCAGCAGUUAGAUGAGACUCCUAAAUGGAUUCCUCCAACUCCUCAGGUGGCGCUUUUCCAGGUUGUAGAAUAGACUGUGGUCACGGUGUCGGGGCUGGACAGACCUGCACCGUGCUGGGUCAACACCUGCACUGUCUGCUGGUAAAUGUGACAGACCGCACCAACGCAUCCAGCCUCACUAUGGGUCAGGACAGGGGCAAGUAUGACUUCUACAUCGGCCUGGCGCUGGCCGUCAGCUCCAGCAUCUUCAUCGGAGGCAGCUUUAUCCUCAAGAAGAAAGGACUUCUGAGGCUGGCCAGGAAGGGGUCUACGCGGGCAGGGCAGGGGGGUCAUGCAUAUCUGAAAGAGUGGCUGUGGUGGGCAGGUUUACUAUCAAUGGGGGCUGGGGAAGCAGCCAACUUUGCAGCGUACGCCUUUGCUCCUGCGACGCUGGUCACCCCGCUGGGAGCCCUCAGCGUGCUCGUCAGCGCUGUGCUGUCGUCGUACUUCCUGACGGAGCGGUUAAACCUGCACGGGAAGCUCGGCUGCCUGCUCAGCAUCCUGGGCUCCACCACCAUGGUCAUUCACGCUCCACAGGAGGAGGAAAUCAACAGCCUUGAGGAGAUGUCUGCCAAGCUGGUUGACCCAGGGUUUGUCAUCUUUGCCACCCUUGUCAUCAUCGUGGCGCUCAUCUUCAUAUUCGUUGUGGGUCCCCGCCACGGUCAAACCAACAUCCUGGUCUACAUCACCAUCUGCUCGGUAAUCGGGGCACUCUCCGUGUCCUGCGUCAAAGGACUGGGCAUCGCCAUCAAGGAAGCGAUCGCCGGGGUGAACGUGGUGAAAAACCCGCUGGCCUGGAUCCUGCUCUUGGGUCUGGUGGCCUGUGUGAGCACGCAGAUCAACUACCUGAACAAAGCUCUGGACAUUUUCAACACCUCUUUGGUGACUCCAAUCUACUAUGUGUUCUUCACCACGUCUGUGCUCACCUGCUCCGCCAUCCUCUUCAAAGAGUGGGAGCACAUGGGUGCGGAUGACAUCAUCGGCACCCUCAGUGGCUUCCUCACAAUCAUUGUGGGCAUCUUCCUGCUCCACGCCUUUAAAGACAUUAGCGUGAGCCUGGCCACGCUCGCCGUCUCCAUGAGGAAGGAAGAACGAGCCUUUCCUGCAGCCAACGGCGCGGCCUCUCACAGCACCUACGAACUGCUGGACGAGUCGGCCGAAGACAUGGAGGACCGAGACGUGGCCUCGCCUUUCGAUAGCGUCUCCAGAAGGAACGGAGCGAUGACGUCCUGUCUGGAUCACUGAGGACC